GCUGAAGUAUACUGCCUAUCAUGGCGCACAACACUUUGAUGAGGCUAUUGAUACUUUGGACAACAUGCUCUCCAAGUUAGAUGAUGCUUCCGAGUCGCACAUGCGAAACCUGCGCAAGCAGUAUAUCAGUGCAUUCGAGGCGGAAGGUGUUAUCCGAAAAUCCAUUGACGUUCAACUUGACAACGCCCCACUUCGUCUACUAGAUACCACUAUCGGUCGUUUAUGUGACCGAGAGGCCCAAAUAACCACGUUCAAGACAAGCAUCGAGUAUAAGGAACUUCUGCUAUUCGUAAUGAAGCAUCCGGAUCCACCAAUGGUGCACAUCAGAGAAGUGGUGGCAAAAUUCUUCCGUUGCGUCAUGCUGUCACACAGGUGGGACGCGGGGGAGUCACUGCUACACGACAUCCAGGACAAGAUUGUGUACGAGUUGAAUCCAGUUAGUGGCAUCGUGAAGUUGCAGUUAUUCUGUAAGACUGCUGAUGUUGCGGGUUAUCGCUGGGCCUGGAUGGAUACCUGCUGCAUCGACAAGACAAACAACGUUGAGCUCCACGAAUCAAUCAACUCCAUGUUUGUAUGGUAUCAUCAUUCAGCACUUACGAUCGUUUACCUAUCAGAUGUUCCACCUUCCUCUAAGCCUGGCGCACUGGCAAAGAGUAUUUGGAACAAACGAGGAUGGACAUUCCAAGAACUCAUGGCUUCGAAAUGCGUCCUCUUUUAUCAGAAGGAUUGGUCCCUAUAUCUUAAUGAUCCCUCUCCCAAUCACAAGGAUUCCAAUGAGAUCAUAGAGGAGUUGGCAGGUGCCACAGGCAUAGACCGAGAGAGCCUCGUUACUUUCCAUCCAGGGACCGGAAAUGUCCGAAAGACACUCCAAUGGGCAUCCUCGCGUAUCACCACACGGCAGGAAGACAUAGCUUACUCCUUGUUUGGCGUCUUCCGCGUCCGCCCAGGCGUUGAUUAUGGGGAGAAGAAGCAGUUCGCCCUUGGGCGGCUCUUGCAAGCGAUCAUAGCUCAGUCGGGCGACAUUACUGCCCUGGACUGGGUUGGAAGACCAUCCAAGUUCAAUAGCUGUCUGCCAGCCGAAAUCUCUUCAUACAAAGCUCCACCGUACACAUGCCCAUCUCUGUCUACUCAAGAAAUGUACAGAUCAGUCUCGUUGCCACGAGAUAAUGGGGCUGUACAAUUGGCUUCGAAAUUGUACAGCGAACUUGACUCCCUUCAUGCUCCCCGUUUUGCACAUCAACGUCUACAUCUACCUUGUAUCGCAUUCAGCCAUCAAGGCCAGGAUGCAUGCGUCACGUAUGAAGUCAAGGCAGACGGACUUCGAGACCUACUGAUCACCACGGAAGACGGACUCACUCGAAUGACCGAGUUCUUGCUUAUUCGCCCGUGGGAUCAUGAUCUUCUCGAGUUGCCUGAUGACGUGCACAGCAUAGGCGAUUGGACCCCGCCCGGAUCUCCCAUAGACGUUACGCCUGGCGGGUCCUCUGGAGAGCAUGGGCUGGUUGAUUCGGAACGAGCGUUGCGAUUGAUUGUUCGCCUUGGACAGCCUUUUAGCGCGUUUUUGCUAAAGCGCGAGCGCCGCAAGGAAUACAAAAGAGUUGCCUCGGAUCGUCAUAUUAUCGCACAGUUCAAAGACGCGACUUGUAUUCCCGACGUGAAAGUCAGGACACUAGAGAUAUUGUAAUAGAGAAUUUGAUUUUUACUUAGAUUGUGACUAAACUAUGACUACACAAAUAUUACACUCCACGCUUGGUAACAUUCGAUCCCGUGAUAGUA